AUGGAGGAGCGCGUCGCGGCCGCGGUCCUCGAGGCGUACGCGCGCCUGAGGAUAAAAGACGGCGGCUGCUGGACCGUCGUCGCCGGCGUCGCGGCCGUCGCGGGCGACGACGUCGAGGUGCUGAGCGUCGCGUCGGGCUGCAAGUGCGUCGGCGGGCCGGCGUCGCCGGCGCUCGUGCGCGACGGCCACGCGGAGGUGCUCGCCGUGCGCGCGCUGCGGAAAGCGUUGUGCGACGACCCGGCGCUCCACGCGCGCCUCCUGGCCGAGGACCUCUGGCUCUACGUGACCGCGCCGCCCUGCGGCGACUGCGCCAUCUUCGCCCUCGACGACGGCGCCGUGGCCUUCACGGGCGCGAAGCUCGGCGACUGGCGCCGCGAGGACCUGCGCGAGGACGACCAGCUUCUCGGCGCGACGCGGCUCAAGUGCGGCCGGUCCGACACGGCGCCGGACAGGCGGUCGUCGAGCCUCUCCUGCUCCGACAAGCUCUGCCGCUGGAGCGCCCGGGGGCUCCAGGGGAGCGUGCUCAAGCACGUCUUCCCGGAACCGCUCGUGCUCGCGGCCGUCGUCGUCGCGCGGCAGCCGCGCGCGGCCGACGCGAGCCUCGAGGCGGCGCUCGCGCGGUCGUUCCGGCGCUGCGGCGCGCUCGGCGCGGCGCCGCCGCGGGUCGCCCUCGCGGCCGCGGGCGCGGACCGCGCGGCCGCGCGCGCGGGGGCCGCGCCGUCGAGCCUCGCCGUCGCCUGGUGGCGCGGCGCGGCCAGGGCCGAGGUGCUCCUCGCGCACCGGGGCGUGCGCCGCGGCGCGACGGCCGCGGCCGCGCGGAGCGGCGCGGCGGCGUCCGCGCUCUGCAGCGACGCGCUCUUCGCGGCGGCCGCGGCC